UAAGUAGUAUAUGCACCCCACAAAGUAUACUCAGCUGUAUCUAUUGCACAUCGAAUCAUGGCCACAUCAUAAGUUCCCUGCUGCUUCGUUAAAAUCUGAUUCGCGCCGAUCUUAGCCUUCAAAGGACUGAUAAUAGGCACCACAGCCAGAAAACCAGUCAUACUUGAUCCAAUGAGACACAAUAGUCGCCACAUCCAUAUAUUAGGUAAACUUUAUACCCGCGCGGCCGACAAAUCCUCCUGUCUGCCUAGUAGGUACUUCAGAACAAGGCUGAAAGGCAACUCUGCUUCUGAACCUGCUUACUUGAGCUUCUAUAUAAGAAGACAUCCGUCCUUCCUAACUAUUCGUUGGAUAUCCCAAACCACCAACCAGAUCAACCAUCGGCUCAGUAGAAUAGAAUAGGUGUUUUACUUGUUACCUAAGGUAUAUGUGAUACACACACCAGUCUCCACGGUGAAAAUGGACUACGGCGCCGUCUUUAGCAGCCUACUUCCGGGCACAAACGGCAAUAUAUCAGAUGCCACGGGCAAUGCCUCGGCAACAGGCACCACGCAACAUGCCAAAGUAGUCGAGAGCGUCCUGGCUCUGGUCGGACUGCGGGGUAUGGCGCCCAUCUACGGCUUCAUAGGGGGGUGGCUGGGGUUCGAGCCGUCAAACCUGCUCGCCGUGAUGGGCGUCUUCUGGGCUCUCAACAAUCUGGUACGGCAGAUGCAUUGGUUUCUGCAAAAGGCGUUGACGGGGUAUUUCAUGAGCAGCGUGCACAUCCGGAACGACGACGACAUCUACGACCACCUUAUGGACUGGCUCGCGACGCAGCCCAGGCUGGUGAACUCGCGAAAUCUGGUCGCCGAGACGGCGAGCAAGAGGUCCUGGGACGAGGAUGCGACGAGCGUCGCUAAGGACAGUUCUGGUCGCUACCUCAACUUUUCUAACCAGGAAGCUAGAGCUCCAGCUUUCUUCAGCCCCGCCGUCGGCGUGCACAAUUUCUGGUGGAGAGGGCAGUACUUCCAGCUGAACCGGAAGCGGGUGUCGAUAUUCGAGGAGAGCAACAUGUCGGGCCAGAUGUUCAGGGACCAGGAAGACUUGGAGAUUUCGUGCUUUUGGAGAAGUCCGGAACCUAUUAAGCAGCUCCUAGCCCACGCCAAGCAGCAGUACUUCCGCGACCACCAGGCCAGGACCACGGUGAAGCGGCCGAGCACCACUGCGGGUCGCCGGUUCGCGGGCCGGGUCGGUUGGUACCAGGUGGCGAGUCGGCCUAUCAGGGACAUCAAGACUGUCGUGCUGGACGAGAAGCAAAAGCUACAAGUGCUUGCUGAUAUUAACGAAUAUCUACAUCCUGAGACUCCAAAGUGGUAUUCGAAUAGAGGCAUACCAUUGCGGAGAGGAUAUCUUUUCCAUGGCCCUCCUGGAACCGGCAAGACGUCCCUCUCGUUUGCCCUGGCUGGGAUCUUCGGUCUUGAUAUCCACGUGAUAUCGCUUCUCGAGCCGAGCUUGACGGAGGAAGACUUGAGCAACCUAUUUGCCACUCUCCCGCGCCGUUGUAUCGUCUUGCUAGAAGAUAUCGACACAGCCGGUCUCCGCCGCCCAUCCCUCAACCAAUUCGACGACGGAACCCCGCAGCCCUCGGCCCAAGACAGCGCCACCGGCGGCAAAACCACCAGCAAAUCCGUCACCAAUAAUAGCGGUGGCGGCAAUAGUAACAAUAACAAUAACAGUACCAGUAACAGUAACGGGCCCCGCGACUGGAAAGUCAGCGACCUAGCGCGCGCGCUGAAGAAAGAAGGCGAAAGCGACCAGAAAAACGGCAUUUCCCUGUCCGGGCUCCUCAACGCGAUCGACGGCGUCGCGAGCCAGGAAGGCCGCGUCCUCAUCAUGACGACCAACACGCCCGAGCAGCUCGACGACGCGCUGAUCCGCCCGGGCCGCGUGGACCUGCAGGUGGCGUUCGCGAACGCGACGCGCGACCAGGCGAGGGAGCUGUUCCUACGCAUGUACGAGGAGGACCAGCAGGAGCCGGAUUUGCCCGACCUUUCUUCCCCUAACCCGCCCCAAGAUAACAAGAAGAAGCAGAAGAAGAAGGAGAAGGAGAAGACGGCGGCGAAGACGGCGGUAGAAGACCACCACCUCGACAUCCCCGUCUCCGAACUCCCCGCCGUCGCGGCCGCUUUCGGCGAAAAGAUCCCCGACGGAGAGUUCUCCCCCGCUACGAUCCAGGGGUACCUCCUCAAGCGCAAGAAGCAGCCGCGCAAGGCUCUCGAGGAGGCGGAUAUGUGGGUGGAGGGGUUGCUGCGGCAGAAGGCGAUGAAGACUAAGAUCUUGCAGGUGCAAUAAGUGAGGGAGUGAGUGAGCGAGUAUGUGUGGAAAGCUAUCUAGAGAUACAUACCUAGGCAAUGAGCAAGCAGUAAGUAGGUAGUCUGUAACAUGAGAAAAAAGGGGAUUUCACUGGGUAUGUCAAUGGGUCGGCGGGAUUGUCUAGUGAAACAUUAUUUUUGCAUAGAGGGAAAAGUUGGAUUACAUUAGCCGUCUGUCUCGGCGUUGGUUGGAGUUUGACGUCUCAUUUCUGGUGUCUGUAGACAUCUACACCUACCUGGUACCUAAACAUAAGAAGACCCCCUGACGGACGAAGUAAUAUGCACAUGUUGUUCAUCAAUGAUGAAUAUCUAAGAGUCCAAUUGAAUGAUUGAA